GGAGAAAUAUGAGAGACGUAAAAUUGAUUUGAUAUUUGAGUUGUGGUCUUCACUCGGAGUCUCGGACUCUGCUUUCCUCUAUCCAAAAAAAAUCAUGUCUGCUUUGUCAAACCAAAGCUUGGCAUCUUUAUUACCUUUAAUUGACCGCCAUUACUGCACUCAUCACUUGUCAAAACCUCACUUCUUCCUCCUCCUCUCAAACUCCAAACCCUUUAAAACUUGUUUACCUCUCUGUGCAACCCCACCCAUUUCCACUCCUCAUUCUUCACCUCAAAUUUUCCUGCCUUUUCUCCAAGAACAGGAACAACAACCAAACCCCAAGUCAAACCCACUCGAAGAUGAACAUGAACAUGAAGAAGAAGAAGAAGAAGAAGACAUCAUCGAUCCAAUUCUCAAUUUCUUCAAAACUCAAACCCCAAAUCAAGACCCACCUCGCCUUGGCAAACUGUCUCUCCAAAAGAACCGCCGCUCUUCUUGGCAUCUCUCUCCCCAUAUCAAUUCCAUUAAUCAACCCGAAACUCCUAUUGAUUCUGAUUUCGAGGACCUUUCCGUUCCAAAAGAAGAAAAACAACAUACAGAGUCUUCACCCGAUGGUCCUGUCGGUGAAAUUUUACAAAUUGCAAGGAAUUUACCGGAGAAUUCCACGUUAGGUGAAGUCUUAGGGGGUUAUGAGGGAAGAGUUAGUAAAAGAGAGUGUGUUCAAAUGUUGGGGUUGAUGGCAGAGGAAGGUCUUUUGAUGAGUUGCUUGUAUUUUUAUGAGUGGAUGAGAUUGCAGGAACCUUCGCUUGAGUCGCCACGCGCUUGUUCUGUUUUGUUUCCAAUAUUGGGGAGGGCUAGAAGGGGAGACCACUUGAUGAUUUUGUUUAAGAAUUUGCCUCAAAGCAAGGAAUUUAGAGACGUUCAUGUUUAUAAUGCUGCUAUAUCAGGACUUUGUUCUUGUGGAAGGUAUGAUGAUGCUUGCGAGGUGUACCAAACAAUGGAAACAAAUAAUAUCUGUCCAGAUCAUGUAACGUGUUCCAUAAUGAUAACAGUGAUGAGAAAAAAUGGUCGUAGCGCAAAAGAAGCAUGGGAAUUCUUUGAGAAGAUGAACAGAAAAGGAGUCAAAUGGAGUGAAGAAGUUCUGGGUGCUCUGAUAAAAUCAUUCUGUGAUGAGGGGCUCAAGAAUGAAGCCCUUAUUAUCCAUAUGGAAAUGGAGAAGAAAGGAAUCUAUUCAAAUGCCAUUGUAUAUAACACUAUUAUGGAUGCUUAUUGUAAAUCCAACCAAAUUGAAGAAGCUGAAGGUCUUUUCCAUGAGAUGAAAACAAAAGGCGUUAUGCCUACCUCUGUCACCUUUAACAUCCUUAUGGAUGCAUACAGUAGAAGAAUGCAGCCUGAGAUUGUUGAGAAGCUACUGUUAGAAAUGCAGGACAGUGGAUUGGAGCCAAAUGCCAAAUCAUAUACAUGUCUUAUCAGUGCGUAUGGUAGGCAGAGGAAGAUGAGUGAUAUGGCUGCUGAUGCUUUCUUGAGGAUGAAAAAAGUUGGCAUAAAGCCAACUUCGCAUUCUUAUACAGCACUGAUCCAUGCUUAUUCUGUCAAUGGCUGGCAUGAGAAAGCUUAUAUCACAUUUGAAAACAUGAAAAAGGAAGGUAUUAAACCUUCCAUAGAAACCUACACUGCACUGCUGGAUGCAUUUAGGCGUGCUGGUGACACUGAAACAUUGAUGAAAAUAUGGAAAUUGAUGAUCAGUGAAAGAAUUGAAGGCACUCGAGUGACAUUUAACAUUCUGCUUGAUGGAUUUGCUAAACAGGGUCAGUACAUUGAAGCAAGGGAUGUGGUCUAUGAAUUUGGGAGGAAUGGCUUGCCGCCCACGUUAAUGACAUAUAAUAUGCUGAUUAAUGCAUAUGGACGAGGAGGGCAAACCUCAAAGUUGCCACAGCUAUUGAAAGAAAUGGCAGCUCUCAAUCUGAAAGCUGAUUCAAUUACUUAUUCCACCAUGAUCUAUGCCUUUGUCCGUGUUCGUGAUUUUAAGAGGGCUUUUUUUUAUCACAAGAAGAUGGUAAAAAGCGGACAGGUCCCAGAUGUGAAGUCGUAUGAAAAGCUAAGGUCAAUUUUGGAUGUGAAAGCUGCAACAAAGAACAGAAAGGACAAGAGUGCUAUACUUGGUAUAAUUAAUAGCAAAAUGGGCAUGGUAAAAGCUAAGAGGAAGGGAAAGAAAGACGAAUUCUGGAAGUACAAGAAAAGGCAGCCAAGAACUCAAGAUCUACCCCGUGAUGGACAGUAAUUAUAUGCUAUUCUUUGAGAAGAUCAUUAUAAGAAACCUCAGUGGAUCUAGUUGGCUCUCUCUAAAAGAAAUCAUUUUGCUAUGUAACGCUUGUCCUUAGGAUGGUUUGAAUUUUUCCUUUGGAAUGAUUCUUCUCUACCAAGAUAUAAUCUCAAAGUUCUCAACCAUUGAAGGAAACAUAUCAACAUCAAAAGGCUUCAGAAAAAUUUUGCUAUCCAUUACCGAACCAGAAGAUAGACUGCUGUGAAUUUGUACCACUAACCUGGCAAUCUUUAGGUAAUUGUUCUAUUUAUGCUUUGAUGUAUAUAGAAAUUCUUUUGGUUCACUUAAUCCCCAUAUAUGAAAUAUAUGACUUGGCUUACCUUUUAAGAAAGUUUUAGUUGACUUUAAGUUGUAGUAAAUUGAUUGAUUAGGGUAAUUCAUGAACCUUUCAUGGGAUAUCUGGCCUUUCCACAAACAAGCACCAAAUUCUGAUGUUUGAUUUUAAGGGCAGAUUUUAGUAUAAUACGGAAAAAAAAAUGGAAGUCCUGAAUCCCCCCAUAUUCAGAGAGUGGGCAAUAAGGGGAGGGCGGUAUAAUAACCUUUGCAAGGAAUUAUCAAGAGAUGCAUGCAUCUUGCAGAGGCCAAAGGCAUUGCGGUAGCAUCAAUUUAGAUCAAAGUUUAUUAUAAUAAUUACACUAAAACGUUCUCAUAUACAUUCGGCCAUGGGGAACACAAACCCACCAAGUCACAGUCAGACACACAUGCUUCUCCUCUUUGCGAAAGAUCCUUUAAACUUUUUAAUGCAGUGGUAUCAGUUUAUACAUGUC